AUCGUCAUUAUCGGGAAGAGAGGAUGUCAAUCAGGCGGAGGGGCAGUGAAAGAGGCGGGGCUUGAUUCAGGUGGAGUGCCCACCCGAGCAAACCGCUAACUUGCCUCUUUGGUAGACCAUCGCUACAGGUAUCAAUUCGAUGAAGAGGCUAGGUAGACCUGGCCCUUCUUCAGUGUUAUCAAGAUGAUACGGCACAAGAAAAACAGUGAAAGAGGGAGCUAGUUGGGUGUCGAAAAGGGCUGUAGCGGAGGACAUUGUAGUAAGACACUCUUUGGGUGCAAAGUGAGUUGUUUCCCUUUUUAAAGGGCCCAGGAUGCCCAAGGAGAAAGAGCAAGGGGAGCGGGUGCCGCGCAUGGCCAGCAAAAAUGCCAAAGAAAAGAGUAACAGUGCCACGCUGCUGGCCGUCCGCGCCAAAGCCCAGGCUGAGCAGGAGGCCCGAGGCCGCAGCUCACACUGCAGCUCCGAAAAGGACUCCGGGUACUCAGACACCGGCUCAGAUUCCUUGCACGGGUACCAACGCAGCAGGCAGUCCAAAGCCAGGGACAGUCACCAAGUCUCCCAUCAAGGCAAUGCCAUGUUGAUGCCUGGGACGUCAGAGCUUACACCCAUCUUCAUAAUCAAGAAUGUGGUUCUCAAACAGCCAGUACCGGUGGGUCAGGAGCAGCUCCUCCAGGCUCCUUUGCCCUGGGGCGGUGCAGGGACCAAUGACCAGGGCUCGACCCACGUGCUCCUCCUGCAGCAGCCCGAGGUGACCUCUCAGGCCCCCAUGCACAUCCUAAAGCCCCAGCCCAGGAGGGCCGACGGCGGGGGCAAGAAGAGCAAAGCCACCUACCUCCCUAUUCUCAACUCCUACCCCCGCAUCGCCCCCCAUCCCAGCAAGAAGACAGAUAAGACCACAGGGGCAGGUGGCGGUGCUAAUAGCAGAAGCAGCAGCUUGGGUGGUGGUGGUGGUGGUGGCACAGCUGAGGGUCACGGUCAGAGCAAAAGGGUGUGCACAGAGGAGAAGCGCGAGGAGGUGUCCACCACCUCCCAGCUGCAGAAGAAACACGUCCACAAGCAGCCAGAAAGAAGGGCCCACUCCCAUGCCUCCCACUUCCGCUCCCACUCCUCCUCCCAGGAUCACUUUCUCCCUGGAAAGAACCGCGAGAUCCCCUCCCACAUGAGACGUAGCCCGCACCCUCCCUCCAGCCCCUCCACCUCCGCUAGCCUGGGCUCACCAUCGGUGUCCAGCACAGAGACGGCCUCUCCGCCUUCGUCCCAUGAACUGGCUGCACCUCUCCUCCGGUCCUCCAAGGGGCAGCAUCGGCAGAAUCAGCAGCAGCACAAGCACAACUCGGCUCACGGAUCGCUGUCGUUCGGCUCGGGGCACCAUCGGCGCUUCCUCAACACGGUGCAGAUCCUGUGCCAGUCGGGGCUGCUGGACCUCACGCUGCGCACACAAGAGCUGCUGCGGCAGAGCUCGGCCAACGAGCGUGACAUUGCCCAGCUGCGCCAACACACCCAGCUGCUGUGCCAGGCUGCCCAGACAUACCCAGCCUCACCCGAUGCCUGGGUUCUGGUCCACCAGUCCAUGGUGGAGUCCGGCCACUACCCCAGCCUGGGGCUGGAUAGCUGUGGCGGCAAAAAUAGCCACUGCAGCCCACCGGCACAGGUCCAGGCCGAGGCGGACACCAGCAGCGGUGGCAACAAGGCGGACGUGGUUGUCUCCCUGGCGCUCAGUCACAACCGCCACGAGGAGAUGGCACCACCGUCGCCGCUCCUGGCUCCCAUGGAUGACAUUUCCCUGGACCUGCCCGCUCUGGACCAGAAUGGGCACACCGCCUUGUUCAUGGGGCAGAGUAUGGGGCAGGGCACCAUCGCUAGAUCACUGGAUGAUCUCCUCAUGCCCCCAGACAGUUCCACCCACAGUCACCUGCUUUAGACGGCAUCCCGUGUGCGUAGGACUAAGCUUACCGCUCAGCCUCAUGUGAGGGCAGAGCAAAGAGAAUGGGGCCAAUUGAUUCUUCAUUUUUUCUUCUUUUUAAUAAAGCCCUACUUUCUGAUUUGGUAUGAGCACCUGGCUGUGGUUUUCAUGUUGCCGUUCCUAUAGUGACUCAAUUUCCCUCUAGCUGGACUCAAUGGUUCCCGUGCCAUCUUUCCUGCUUUCACUUUCACUCCUGGAAUCUCGUCAGAUGCGUCUGACCUGAUCUACCAGUGUAAAGGCAGAACAUAAUGCCAUGGGAUCAUGAUCUCCAUUUUGCAGAUGAGAACCUCACGAGUCAUGAGUGAAUGGUUGGGAAUGGAAUCCCUGUGCCGACAUGUUUUUUUUAUUUAUUUUUUUAUCCAUAAUAUGCAUGCCAGUUGCUGGACUGGAGCAAUCUCUAGUACAGUCAGAUGUCCUCUCAUAUAGAGGCAGACUUUGCUGCUGACUGGUCUUCUACAGCACAACCCAUGUUAAAGAACAUCCUACUGAUAAAAAGAGAAAUAUCACUUUUUCCAUUGAUAUUAACUGUGAGGCCUUGCAACUGCAAAUGGAGGCAGGCAGCUAGUGACCUUGUCUCCUGCCAUGUGUUAAUGAAGGACACUUAGAGUAUGCCUGUUAAAGAGGUUUUAUUUCUUCUUUUUUACUUUCUUUGUGUGUGAAAUCUGUUUAGGGAUUUGAAAGACAAAAAGUGGGACUAUUUACCAUUAAACAAUAACUAUUUUGGUUUUCAAUCAAA